ACAUAUCUAUUUUUUUUAUUUAAUCAAUAAAAACAGAUUACAUAAAUAGAAAUGGAUUUUAAUUGGCUUGGGCCUUAAUAAAUUUAAAACAUAAACAACCCCAAAAUAAAAACAUCCCAAACGUAAAUAUUCAGGCCCAUCGGAAAACCCUCCUGAAUCAACGAAACGGCGUCGUUUCAGAAAUUUCAAAUUCAAAUCCACCCAAUGCGCGGCUUCUCCACCACUCUCACCAGCCGGCAUCCUAGAGAAGAAGAGCUCAAAUCGGAGUUAAAUGAAUUCGCCAUUCGCCUACACCGUCGACGAUAAGGAUCUAGACGACGCCGCUUUAUGGGCGGUGAUCGACUCCGCCGCCGCCGCCUCGCUUUCGUCGUCCUCCUCCGCCUCCAUCACCACUCCCAAAACCCGCACCAAACACCUGACCCCAAUUGCAUUUCCCAUCACCUCCCCCGAACAAAAAUUCCCCAACCACCGCUAUAAUUACAACCCUAGCCCCGACGGCGAGGUGGUGCAGAAUCACCGCCCGCACAAGAUUGCCAGAACCACCACCAACUCGCCGCGCGUCCCCGAUUCCAGUCCUCCACAAAUGAUGGUGGUGAAGCACGUUCCCCGCACCCCAACCAAUCCCUCGGCGUAUGUUACCAAUUCGCCGGAGUCGAUGAAUUUUGCAAUGACGAGUUACCACAGUCCUAAUUCGUCGACGGUGAGUUGUGAGAAAACUGAGUUGACUCACAGUUUGGCCGGUCCAUUUCCGUCUGUUUCUCUGUUCAAGGAGUACCAAAAUGCAGCUAUGGCGAUACUGGAGAAAAGUGAUUACACCAUGAUAUCUGGGAAUGCAUACAUUAAGAAGACAGGAUGGAGGAAGAUAGCAUUUUACUUCAACCUAUCUUUUGAAAUUAAAGACAAGACCAUCAAAUUCGACGAGAACCACAAUGUUCAGCGUGCUGAGUUUAUUGUUCGUGCAUACAUGCAGGGUGGGCGGUUUUCAGAUGGAUGGGGUUCGUGUGAACGACGGGAGAAAAAGUUUAUGAAACCAAAUCAUGAUAUUCCUAGCACAGCAGAAACUAGAGCAAAAAAUAGGGCAUGCCAGGACCUGCUUGGAAUUGGAGAGUAUCGGCCUGGCGCAAGGCAUGCUCAGGGGUAAAACAGGCAGAAAAAUAUGCAUGAUUGAACUUCGUAAAAGUACACAUUCGGAGCAAAUUUAUAAAUCUUCUCUUCCCACCGCAGUAGAGGGAAAGAUACUCGUAUGUAAACUAAAUGCACAACAAAUCGUUGUGUCUUUAAUACAUUUCUCAAAGAAUGGCUCUUCAUUCGUGUAGGUGUUGUCAAAGAAAAAGAAAAAAAACCUCGGCCUGAAAAUUUCGACAUACUUUCGUAAAGUAUGCCACCUUGCAUAAUCUGAAUUCAUUAUUAAUUGUAUUCAAAUGUAUCAAAAUAUUAUGUGUAAAGGUGAAAACAUCGACAUUUUCGUUCUUUAA